UUUGUGUGCGUACAAACAGUCAAUCUUUCAAUCAUAUUAUUAUCGACAUUGAUAAGAUUUGGCACGACCAAAAAAGUAUAAAUUGGGAUGAAACUGUUCAAUCGCCUGUAAUAGUUUUAAAAUGAAGCUGUUUGCGAUCAUUUGCGUUUGUUUUGUGGCUGCGGCUACUGCGAAUCCUUUGUUCCAAAAUGAAGAGAUUGGCGAAGAGUUCGUAAAUGAAGAGGUUGGUGAAGAGUUCGUAAACGAACCGGAAGUUGUGCAAGAAGACAACACAGAAGACUGGCAAUUGGUGCCCGAUACUGAUGGAAACUUGCAUUUGGUUGACAUUAGAGAAAUGGGUGACGAGGUGACUCCAUCAUUCAAUGCUCCAACUGACAUCGUCUUCCGUUUGUUCACCAGACAAAAUCCAACUGCUGCCCAAACUGUUCCAUUGAACAAUAAUGCUGUAUUGAACAACUCCAACUAUAAUCCAGCUCUCCAGACCAGAUUCCACAUUCAUGGAUGGAACGGUGGUGGUGCAGCUACAGGAGCCGCAAUUAGAAAUGCAUGGAUCAAUGCUAUUAACUGUAACGUAUUCACUGUUGACUGGGGAGCGGGAGCCCAAACUCCAAACUACGUGCUAGCCCGUAAUCGUGUCAAUGCUGUUGGUGCCGUUAUUGCAAGUUACAUCGAUUGGCUCAAUCAAGCUAGAGGACAAUCUUUCGCUGCAGUUUCAAUCGCCGGUCAUUCAUUGGGCGCUCAUUGUGCUGGUGCUGCUGGCAAAAGAACCGCUCGCGGUAGAGUUCAAUCCAUCGUAUCGCUUGAUCCGGCUGGUCCACUUUUCACCGUUGGUGACUCUGCCAAUCGAGUCCAUUUCACCGAUGCUGUUCAUGUUGAAAAUAUCGUUACUGAUGCUGGUAACUUAGGAUUCGCUCAACCCGUUGGCCAUGCAAACUUCUAUCCAAAUUGGGGUGUUAACCAACCCGGAUGUGCUGGAUCCACAUGCAGCCAUAGUCGUGUAAAUGAUUUCUUCCAACAUUCCAUCAACAUGGGCAAUGUUUUCGGCGCUACUCGAUGCCGUGACUUCGCUGAUAUUACAAACAGAAAUUGUGUGUCUAGUGGUGCUGGCAGACGAAUGGGUGGCGAACCGGUCAUUGAUGGUACGAGUGCAUCGUUGAGUGUUUUCUUCUUGACAACUGGGGCAUCGGCUCCAUUCGCUCAUGGACCACGAUAAAUGGAAAUGUACUUUCGUUAUGAAAUAUAAUUUUGUUCGAUGAUUAU